CUCCCUCUCUCACAACCCUCAUCGGCACUCAACCCCUUUACUCGUCGCAGCCCUCACCUAACUGUAACCGUCACACGUCGCCACUCUCACCGUGGCUUAGCAACCCAUCACAGCCCUCACCUCACUGGCGCUCACUCCCCCUCUCGUAACCCUCUGGGUCGCCAUCGUUGAUUACCUCAAUCUCGUGCCUCCUCUGCUCGUCGGUGAACAAGACAGUAGUCCAAUAGCACUGAAUAGAGAUGCGGCUGUGAAGGAGCUUUAUGAUCAACACAUUGAUUCCUACAAAGAGAAGAGAUUAAAGAGACAGCGUCGUUUCGCUGUCCGCCUUGACAUAACACCACCGCUUCGUCUUGGCCCUCGAUUUUGCACCUCUUUUUCUUUGUUUUCGAAACUCGGAAUCUUCAUUACCAUCGCUAAUGGCACCAAAACCAACCAAGGCUGAGAAGAAGAUCGCUUACGAAGUUAAGCUCUGCAAGCUUCUCGAGGAGUACACUUAGAUCCUUGUUGUCCGUGCUGUUAAUGUUGGAUCUAACCAGCUCUAGAACAUUCGAAGGGGUCUUCGUGGUGAUUCCAUUGUUCUUAUGGGGAAGAACCCCAUGAUGAAGCGUUCUGUUAGGAUGCACACUAAGAAUUAAUGAUGUGACUGUUAUUUAGUCAGCGAGGAGGUUGCUAAGUACAAGAUGCAUGCUAAGAAUCACAGUGGUACUAAAUUGCUGCUAGAAGUAAAGAAACUUCUGAAGAAGAAUGAUUUACCAUUGGAACUAGGCACAACAGAUAUUGUUUUUCAGGACUAGUUGACCAUGUCUUCUCGCAAAAAUAUUGUCGAGGCGUCUUUUAAGGUUUCUGAGGGGAUGUCCGAUUGGCUGGACUCUCUUGUGUUGCUGUGUUUUUCUUUAGCCAAUUUUGAAUUUUGUGUAGCGUUUAGAAGACAUCACCGUAUUUGUAGCAGUGAAGAUCAGGAGAGCAAUUAUGAGUUAGUGGCACUUGAUUCUGAUGAUAGAAUUUGCUUUCUUGUCCCGACUCAGGGUGGCGUCCCUUUUUCUAUGCCUAUGACUUCUUUUCAGCCAAAUGAACAUCACCUUUCCUUUUACUUCUUUUGAAACUGAUCUGUUAUGGUCUUGUAACGUUAUGGUCUUGUAACGUAACUCCCUCGCAGCUUCAUCCAAAUUCUUGGGGCUUCAUCAAGAUUUUUCAGCUGGUUUGUCAAGAAUUUGCUGUUAUACCUUCUCAAACUUUCUUUUUGUAUAUUUUCGUGUUGACCAAGCCUGGGACUACCAAGAAGAAGGUUUUUUGGAUUUCUUUUAGGUCUGCCCAGGGGCAUAAGGUUUUUUCCAUGUAUGACGAGUCUUUUCGGAAUUUUAAGAAUUACUUCUUUAAGGUCCGGGCUGUUGAAGAAGCCCGGCCUUUCUUUCUGGACGAAAAUAACAAACUCCGCUCUUCUUUAGAGUGGCAGAGAAACGUAGUGGUAUCCCGGUAUACUUGGGAGAUGUUGGACGAGGUCGAGCUGGCCUUUGUGAAUGUCUUGGAGGAUAUUUGGGGAGAACCUUCUCAUCUGGAUACUAAAAAAUCUUUAGGGAACCCAUCCCUUGUUCGAACUGCUUUGGAGAUGGCCAAGAAUAAUGACGCGAUGAAGGCCCUCAAAAAGGCGAGAAAGGCUACUGUAGCUCAGAACAUCUCGACCCGAGCGGAUUGGGAAGGGUCCUCUCAGGUCUUGUUGAAGCUGUCUGUGCCGAGCUCUCCUAUUCCGAGGAGAAUGAUCCCUACUCCUCGAGUUCGUUUAGUGGAUCCUCCACAGUCUUCUACUGCUGCUGUGGCUUUUUCUACGGCCGUUCCUCCUUCCAAAAGACCUCGGACCGUUGAACCCUUCAAUCUGGAUGCGCCUGAUUUUGGCCCUAUUGGAUUCGUCGACCAGCAGAUCGGUCCUUAUGGUACCCUUUCUAUGGAUGAUGUUUCUCUCCUUCAUCACUUAGAUUUUAUAAUUAGGAGUAGCAUCAAGAUGGCACAUAUGGGAGCUGUCCUGUACCGAACUGCCCAAAAUCUUCUCCUUCAUGCUACCAAGGCCUCUAUAGAGGAGGCUAAGCGGGAGUUUGACAGAAUGAAGGGUUUGAAGGAGGAGCUCCAAGUGAAAGUGACCAAGCUGGAGAAGGAGUUGGAAAGUGAAAAGGCUAGUUUCGUUGUCUUGGCGGCUUCUGUGCAGUUGGCUGAAGACACGACGUUGAGGUACAAUGAUAGCUAUGUCACAACCUACAGGGAAGUGAUGCGUCUCAGGGGGGAGCUGGAGUCGGCCCGGGUUGAUUAUGCCGAUCUCCAGGGUCACCUUGUGGGCAGCGUAACUGCUACUUAUGAGAACCUGAAGGAGCAGGUUCGGGUUCUUGCUCCCGAGGUCGACCUUACUCUCUUCAGCCUAGACAAUGUUGUGAAUGAUGGCAAGAUUGUCCCUGACGAAGAUGAUGAUGUUGAACCUCCAUCUGUGCCUGCUACCAAAGCCCCUCUGGUGCCAACUUCUUCAGUUCCUGAAGUCGGUCAUUCCGAGUUGGAACCUGAUUGUCAAAUCUUGAACUGAGAUGAUGGAACAGUGGACACUGUGCCUCUUCAGACUCGCCCUCUCUCACCCCCUGUUGAUGCUGCCGAGAAGCCUUUGCAUCCUUAAUGAAUUUUUUGGAUGUUUGUGUGGACAGCCUGGCUUGUGGGCUUUUUGAACUCUUUAUAUUUUGUAAAUGGUGGUACUGACUUUUGCUACAUUCCUAGUUGCUUAUUUAGCAACUUUUAUCUUGAAAAACAAAGUAAUUUCCAAGCUCUUGGGGUUUGUUUUGAUAGCCUUUUGAGUUUGCUAUUAUUAUAAUUUGUGUUUUUCGUAACAUAUCUGUCUGCACUCAUUUUGGUAC